GCGUGUGUGUAUGUGUGUGUGUGUGCCGGCUUCUGUGCUUGAAGCUUGAAGGAGCAGCGGCUUCAUGAGUGAUAGCCACACAGAGCUUCAGUCCUCCUGUUAGCGGUGAUCACUGACACAUACAAGCCGAGAGAUGUGUAGUCUGAGCGGGCUGUGGAUGGCCCUGGCCCUCGCCCUGCUGCCCGGCACCUCCGGAGUCCUGAAGGAGGGAGACUGUGAAGUGUGUGUGAGCUUCCUCGACAAGUUUCAUCAGUCACUAAAGGAGAACGACGUAAAGUUCACCAGCGCUGACAUCGAGAAGGCCAUCGUAAAAACCUGCAAAGACGCCAAAGGCAAAGAAAACCGCUUUUGUUACUACAUCGGAGCAACGAGCGACGCCGCCACUAAGAUCAUCAACGAGGUGUCGAAGCCGCUCAGCUAUCACGUCCCAGUGGAGAAAAUCUGUGAGAAGCUGAAGAAGAAGGACGGACAGAUCUGUGAGCUCAAAUACGACAAACAGCUGGACCUGACCACGGUGGACCUGAAGAAGCUCAAAGUGAAAGACCUGAAGAAGAUCCUGGAGGAGUGGGGCGAGUCCUGCAAAGGCUGCGCCGAGAAGUCCGACUUCAUCCGCAAAAUCACGGAGCUCAUGCCCAAGUACGCGCCGGCGGCCGCCAGAGCACGGACAGACCUCUAAACUAAAAACAAAACAACAACUUUGGACUCGACUUGGACCAGAAUGCAUUUUUGGAGAGGAGGAGGAGGAGGAGGAGGACGUGUUUGUCUGGGUCUUUUUUGGGGUGUUUUUUUUUUUGGGGGGGAGGUGAUAAUCCAACACAGAUUCAGAAGUGUAGAUAUUAGUUUAAUACACACAUGAAGAAGAGGAGGAAACGGUGAAGGGAGGCAUUUCAUCAUUAAUGUUUAACUUUAGCAUUUUUCCCACACAAAGCCCUUUUCAGACACUUAAAGCUUCAUUCACUGUUCAAAUUACGGGUUUUUGUGUCUUUUUUUCUUUUACAGUUCUUUACAGUUUUAUUCAGACGUGACAGGAGAGACACUGACGCUGCGAAAGAAGCCUGAUUCUGACGGAUUUUCAGAAUUUAGCUGCUGACGUCUUAAUGAAUCAGUGAAUAUUUCAUCAUUUCAAGCACUGAGUGACAGCAGCAUGUUUAGUGGAGACUCUCAUUUAAUUUGUUUGUAUAUUAAAAAAAAAACCUCUAGAGAGGGUUUGCUUGUCUGAUUAUUACUGAGGUUUAUUGACGCAGUUUCCAGGUUUAAUAUCGACUGAUUUUGUGCAUAAAAGAUGACGAAGCUUCAGUUCAGUUUGUGUCGUUGCUUUUAUGAAAAACCAACACGUCAUAAACUUCCAUCAGAUUAAAGAGCUGCAUGUCUGAAAAGGGCUUUUUUUUUAUAGCUUUAUUCCCUAAUGUCAGCAUCCUUUAAUUCACUGUUAGAGGAAUGAAACUAAGCAGCAGACUGUCACAGGGUAGCAGCUGCCUCCUCCUGCAUGCUCAGAGUGGAUCGGAUGGUGUUUAACAGUAAAAGCUUCACUUUAAAUAAAAAAUUACAGCACACUUUUGGAGACUUCCUGCAGCAGUCGGAGGUUUUAAAAGUUGUUUUUUUUUUGUCGUUCACACCGCUCCAGGAUUUCAAUCUGCAGCCGGCCGCUCUCGAGCUUCUGCAGCAGCGUCCUGCAUCACUUCUCACAGCUGAUUACACUUCUGGAUAUAAAUCAUCGUUGUGUUUUCUGUGAUGUUGCUCCAUCUUUACCUUUUUUUUUUUUUUUUUUUUUUUUUUUAUAUAUCCAGGAUCAAUAUAACCACUUCCCCCUCCGAUACUGAGACUUUAAAGGAAUAAUUCAACAUUAAAAAUUCACUAAUUAACACGUUAUAUCUCUCAUUUAUUCACUUUGUGGGUUUUUUUUGUAGAAAUGAAAACAAAUGAGAUGUAACGUGUUAAUUAAUGAGCCGUAUGAGAUCGAACCCUCAGCAAGAAAGUGAAUAAUUUACAUUAUAUUAAAAAAAACAAUAAAAUAAAACCCUUGAUCUCCUUCCUGUAGAGACUUUCUCUGCUUUCAAACCUCAUUUCAUCUCCAAUUUAGUCUUUCUGUUUCAAUUUAAGAGUUUAACACAGUCGCCCGUAAGCAGCCGGUCAGUCACACACAACGAGUUAUUUUAAUUAAAAGCAGCUUCCACGUAUAAAAUGAAGGUUUUGUACUGACUGAAUCUGUAAAAUCCAGAUAUUAGAAAUGUUUAUAAAACUGGAUUUAAAGCUUGAAGUCGGCUGGAUUUAUGCAGAUUUUUGGGUGAUUGUGUUAAAAGGUUGAUGUGAACAAUUCGAGGGUCCAAACGGCACAAACCGGUCAGCAAAGUCAGACUUAUUUACUCAAGAUAUUUAUUAAGGACUUUUUUUUUUCUUCUUCUUUUUAAGAUUUGCCUUUCUUCUUUUUUAAAUUUCUUAAAAAGUGAUAGUUGUUGUUUUGGGUUGUUUUUUUUUUUUUGGUCCAAAUGAUUAAAUCCCAGACGGUUUCUGUACUGCUGCUGUUAAAAGUUGUGAAUAUAAUAACUCAUAAAAAAAACACACUUCCACCUCCAAUCAGCACUUGAAUGAUUUAAUCCAGUCGGGAAAGAGAUAAAACAAAUAAAAGGGUUAAAAAUU